AUGUACGAGACGGACGUCAUUAUUGUUGGCGCUGGUCCAUCUGGUCUGACUCUUGCGGUUGCACUCAGUCAGCUUCAAAUCCAGUCACUUGUGAUCGAGAAGCAGCAUGACAUCUGCGAAGACCCUCGAGCUAUCGCGCUCGCUGGUGAUGCAUGGCGCAUCUUGUCCCUGGUUGGGAUCUCUGUGGAGGAGAUGGCACGUAUAAGUCAACCCAUUUCUGAGCUACAGUUUCACGACAGAAUCUUUACCUCUGAGCCGUUUCUCCGGCUUGAACAAACGCCAGACUGGGCGGGCCAUGCAUUACCUAAUACCAGCGUCAAUUUGCAGCCAGGUCUAGAACAACUUCUCCGCGAUAGAGCGCAGUCAUCAGACAUGAUCACACUGAAGCUGGACUGCGAGGUGGUUGGGAUCGAUCAGAAUGCAAGCAACGUCGAGAUCACGUACGAAGAAAAGUAUACACACCGACGACAAACCAUCCGUGGAAAAUAUGUCGUGGGGGCGGACGGAAAACGAGGCUUCGUUCGAAAGUCAUUUCUAGAAGAGAAGGGGAUCAAGCAAGAAACAGGACAGUACCGUUACGAGGCCACCUGGGUUGCUGCCAAUCUCAAAUUAACCAUGCCCACACCCGACACGCACCCGCAAUUCCCUCUCUGGGAUCUAGGAUAUGAGCCAGAGGAGCUGUGGGACCUUUUUUGGCCUAAAGGAUGGCACUUCUGCAACCAUCCUGUGAUGCCCGUAGCAACGGGCCGAUUUGGCCCUAUUUCGGAAAAGUACUGGAGGUUCGAAUAUGAGCUGCCCCCAAACUUCGCGCUUCCGGAAAACGUCAUGACGCACCUCGAGGAGCAAAUGAAUCCUCAUCUGACGCUCGCAGCUUCAAGCCUACGUCGCAACGGUCGCCAGCCCAAUUCACCCGUUCGUUUUCCAUGGGAUUGUGUAGAAAUCUUGCGUUGUGGACCAGCACAUUUUGCCCAGAAAGUCGUGAACAGGUGGUUCGAUGGGCGAACCAUCCUCAUUGGAGACGCUGCUCAUGUGUUCCCCCCUUUCGCAGCUCAAGGAAUUCUCAACGGUGUACGCGACGCACUUGGAUUAUGCUGGCGCCUAGAACUUCUCAUCAAAGGCCCCAAGAAGACAGCCUCAAACAUGGAGACAUCGUCUUUUGACUCGGAGCUGCUGUUAUCGACCUGGUCCAACGAGCGGCGUCAUGGUGUGGAUGAAUCUGCGAAUCAGACUGCUGAAAACGAGUACGCGCUGCAGAUCAAAUCGAAUGCACUGCGCUGGGCCAUUUGGUGCGCGGACACCGCGAUGAGCUGGGCGAUGCCCUUCCGACAAACACUAAUUCGAAGCCACUUUUGCGACAGGGCUGGCUUCCGCGGAGCCAAGGGUGGCUUCUUCCUCGAGAGUGAAGGAGGUGGGGUAAAGACUGCUCAGAUCUUUGUUCAAGGUAUCAAAGGAAACGAGUCGGUCGAGUUAUCAGACAAGUUACUUCGACACCACAAAGCAGCCUUGACGAUACUAGUUCUACACGAUCCGACAUCAGAGGAAGAGCUGGCGCGCGUCCAUGAGGUCCUGAAGCGGCUGAAUAUUCCGACGAACUUCCUCGCAGAGAAUGUCAUCAUUUUGAAUGACAGGAUUUCAGAACAGCAACUACCUCGGAGACUUCAAGGUCCGCUUUUCUUAACCCCUGCAAGGACGGCGAUGAUCUCCAGGGCCGGAUACCAACAGCUUCCACUCUACGAUCCCGGCUCGUUUAGAAUGAGAUUUCAAGCCAAUGCCAAGUACGCAUUAGUUCGCCCCGACUUCAUCAUAUUUUCACAGGCCCAGACACUGGAGCAGCUCGAAAGUCAGAUCUGCCAGGCUUGCAGUAUGGUGACAAAUAGCUGA